UCGGCUUUGUUUUUUCAUCUUUUUCUAACGCGUCGUUGUAAUUGAGACCUCCGCCAUGGAUCAUUGAUGUUUGGCCACCACAUCGGAAAGAAAGUGUUUUAACUAAUCUGAAACUUUUAGGUGGAAAUUCGAAAUAUCGAGAAGAAAAUAAAAAGGCUUUAUUUUUUUUGGGAAGCAUCAAAAUAUAAAAAAGAAUGUUGUUGCUGGUGGACUGCUCUAGCUGUCGUACGCCGCUUCACCUCCCUCCCGGAGCCACCAGAAUCCGCUGCGCCGUUUGCCACGCCUUCACUCUCGUCGCUCCCGAGCCUCGUCUCCAUUCCCACGCGCCGCCGAGCCCUCUUCCUUUCCCCAACUCCUUCACUGUCCCGGCACCUUCUCCGUUCAUUCACGCGCCGCCUACACCUUCUCCUUUCGUCUACCCGCCACCGACACCGUCUCCGUUCAAUCACGCGCCACCGGCACCGUCUCCGUUCAGUCACGCGCCUUCGGCACCGUCUCUGUUCAGUCAUUCGUUGUCCACGCCGAGUACAUUCCAUCCAGCGUCUCCGGAACCGUCUCCGUUUAAUCAUUCGCCGCCGGCUCCGUCUCCGUAUAAUCACGCGCCGCCGGGGCCUCCGCCGUCGGUACACGGACAGAAGCGAGCGGUGAUCGUCGGGGUUACGUAUAAGAAUACAAAGGACGAAUUGAAAGGAUGUAUCAAUGACGCAAAAUGCAUGAAGUUCAUGUUGAUGAAGCGUUUCCAAUUCCCUGAGUCUUGCAUUCUUAUGCUCACCGAAGAAGAAGCGGAUCAAUUGAGAUGGCCAACGAAGAACAACAUAACAAUGGCGAUGCAUUGGCUAGUUUUAGGCUGCAAAUCGGGAGAUUCCCUCGUCUUCCAUUUUUCCGGUCACGGCAACAACCAGAUGGACCACAACGGCGACGAGGUAGAUGGCUUCGACGAGACUCUUCUCCCGGUGGACCACGCGACCUCAGGUGUCAUCGUAGACGACGAGAUCAAUGCUACAAUCGUACGGCCUCUCCCUUAUGGAGUUAAGCUCCAUGCCAUCGUCGACGCUUGUCAUAGUGGCACCGUCUUGGACUUGCCCUAUCUUUGUAGAAUGGACAGACUCGGAAAAUAUGAGUGGGAAGACCAUCGGCCGCCGUCAGGGAUGUGGAAAGGUACGAGUGGCGGUGAAGUCUUCUCCUUCACAGGCUGCGACGAUGACCAAACCUCAGCUGACACUCCGCAACUGUCAGGGAGUGCAUGGACGGGGGCAAUGACGUAUGCAUUCAUUCAAGCCAUAGAACGUGGCCAUGGAACGACUUAUGGGAGCUUACUGAAUGCAAUGAGAUCAACGGUUCACGAGAUCUUCGACAAAAACAAAGGUAGAGAGCUUGUGGAAGUGGAAGGCGCUGAUCUUCUCACUACUCUUCUUGGUAUGCUCAUCUUAGGCGUUGCUCCUCCAGAUGAUGAGGAAGUGAACCAAGCCCCACAAAAAACUCAGGAACCACAGUUGAGCGCUAACGAGGCAUUUGCUGUGUACGGGAAGCCCUUCUCUCUAUAAUUUCACUUUAAGAGGACAGAAAAAAAAAAAGAGAGAGAGAGUAUGAAAUUUCAGAAGAUAAAAUACGUUAUUUAGCUUUGAGUGAAGAUUAUAUAUGGGGCAUGUUCAAUUCAUAGUAUAUAUUGGCCUUUUCAUUA